AUGGCCAGAUUGGAAAACAUAUGCUACACGUGUUUGAGAAGCAGGGUUGAUGGGGCACACGAGAUCACUGAAACGGAUGAACCCAUGGCAUGGCUGUGGGGGUCCAAGGGGAGCAGGGUAGAUGGGGCACACGAGAUCACUGAAACGGAUGAACCCAUGGCAUGGCUGUGGGGGUCCAAGGGGAGCAGGGUAGAUGGGGCACACGAGAUCACUGAAACGGAUGAACCCAUGGCAUGGCUGUGGGGGUCCAAGGGGAGCAGGGUAGAUGGGGCACACGGGAUCACUGAAUCGGAUGAACCCAUGGCAUGGCUGUGGGGGUCCAAGGGGAGCAGGGUAGAUGGGGCACACGAGAUCACUGAAUCGGAUGAACCCAUGGCAUGGCUGUGGGGGUCCAAGGGGAGCAGGGUAGAUGGGGCACACGGGAUCACUGAAUCGGAUGAACCUAUGGCAUGGCUGUGGGGGUCCAAGGGGAGCAGGGUAGAUGGGACACACGGGAUCACUGAAACGGAUGAACCCAUGGCAUGGCUGUGGGGGUCCAAGGGGAGCAGGGUAGAUGGGGCACACGAGAUCACUGAAACGGAUGAAUCCAUGGCAUGGCUGUGGGGGUCCAAGAGGAGCAGGGUAGAUGGGGCACACGAGAUCACUGAAACGGAUGAACCCAUGGCAUGGCUGUGGGGGUCCAAGGGGAGCAGGGUAGAUGGGGCACACGGGAUCACUGAAACGGAUGAACCCAUGGCAUGGCUGUGGGGGUCCAAGGGGAGCAGGGUAGAUGGGGCACACGGGAUCACUGAAACGGAUGAACCCAUGGCAUGGCUGUGGGGGUCCAAGGGGAGCAGGGUAGAUGGGGCACACGAGAUCACUGAAACGGAUGAACCCAUGGCAUGGCUGUGGGGGUCCAAGGGGAGCAGGGUAGAUGGGGCACACGGGAUCACUGAAACGGAUGAACCCAUGGCAUGGCUGUGGGGGUCCAAGGGGAGCAGGGUAGAUGGGGCACACGGGAUCCCGACAACAACUACACGCUUUACGAGGGUGUGA